AUGGAGAUCUUGGGUCUGGUCGACGUCCCACUGUAUCUCCUUCUGGCCCUGACGGCCAUUGUGCUGACCUAUACAUAUGCAACCUGGAACUAUGAUUACUUCAAGAAGCGGUGCAUCCCUGGUCCAACACCGUAUCCUUUUAUUGGAAGCAGCUUUAGUUUUUCACUCUUCUCCAACUUCCCCACCUGGAAACAGACGUAUGGAAGCGUAUUUGGAGUCUUCAUAGGCAAGGUUCCAGCCCUGGUCAUAUCCGAUCUGGACAUUCUGAAUGUGGUUUUUGUCAAGAGUUUCAACGUUUUCAGGAACAGGAUGAGAUCCAUAAUCAUACCUUAUCCAUUUAAUCUGGCUGUGGUUUACUUGGAAAAUGCCCAUUGGAAAAGAGUGAGAAACCUUAUGACACCCACCUUCAGCACCGCUAAACUGAGACUGAUGUGCUUUAGCAUCAACAAUUCCGCAAAGACUCUUUCUAAAAACUUAUCAGAUGCCGUCAAGAAUAAUGAAGUGGUGAUUACGAGACAAUUCUUUGAAGCGUUCACCAUGGAUGUUAUUUCACGAAUUGCAUUUGGUAUAAAGAUCGAUUCUCAAAAUGAAGUCGACAACCCUUUUGUUGCCCAUGCUAAACAAAUGUUUGAACUAUCAAAUAUGAGAAGAUUGACGUCAAUGAUGGCAGGUACCUUCCCCUUUAGUUUUACAACAGUAGAUGCACUCGAUUUCAUGUCCCUUAAGAAGAGAAUUGACUUCCUGCAACUAUUGGUGGACGCGGAAAUAGAGAUGGACAGAGACCUUACAGCCAAUGGUCAGAUCACAGAAAAACAUACAGCCAGACGUUUAUCGACUGAUGAAAUAGUUGCCCAAGGCAUGCUAUUCUUUAUCGCCGGAUACGAAACAACUGCUGCAACACUGACGUUUGUGUCCUACAGCUUUGCAAUGAACCAGGAUGCUCAGGAAAAGGCGUAUAAUGAAAUCAAAGAAGUGUUGGGGAAUGAUGAACCCAACUACGACAACAUUGGGAAACUGAAGUACCUGGACAACGUCAUCACCGAGACACUCCGACUGUAUCCACCGAUUACCGUGUUACAUCGCAGAGCGUCAGAGACAAUUCAGAUCAAGGGUUUGACAAUCCCGAAGGGUCAAAUUGUCUUAAUCCCAACGUUCGCUCUUCACAGAGACCCUCGCCUCUUCAAGGAUCCUGAUUCCUUUAAACCAGAAAGGCAUGAUGAAAAGUACAAUCCUCUUACCUUCCUAGCUUUUGGAUAUGGUCCGAGAAAAUGUAUUGGUAUGCGUCUUGCCCAGGUUCAGUCUAAAAUAGCCCUAGUUCAUGUCCUGAGAGCUGUGAAGUUUGAACGCAUGCCAGACACGCCGGAGGUUUUGAUGUUUAAGAGAAGCAAUGUUCUUCAAACAGACAAGAGUAUAGCACUGAAAAUAUCUCCAAGAUGCUGA